GUCACGUGGGCGGCGCGAAGAUGGCGGCGCCCGCCGCGACCUUCCGCUGGCUGCUGCCGCGGGGCCGCCCGCUGCUGUCCCGCCCGGCGCUGGCCGCCCCCACCACCCGGCCCUACGGCGUGCGGGCCUCCAACACCGGCGAGCUGGUGACGCACACGGGGCAGGUAUAUGAUGAGAAGGAUUACAGAAGAGUUAGAUUUGUUGGACGACAAAAGGAGGUGAACAAGAAUUUUGCAAUCGAUUUAAUAGCAGAGCAGCCUGUGAGUCAAGUUGAAAGCAGAGUGAUAUCUUGCGAUGGUGGUGGUGGAGCUUUGGGACAUCCCAAAGUAUACAUAAACUUGGACAAAGAGACAAAGACCGGAACUUGUGGAUACUGUGGACUUCAGUUUAAACAGAAACAUCACUGAAAGCUUAUUCCUGUGUGCUUGCAGAUUUCUGCUCAGAUGUUAACGUUCAACUCUAAAUAAACAAUAUAUUUAGAAAGCCAAAAUUUGUGUUUAUUUUAACUAUGGAAAGUCCGGUCUGUACAGUUUUAAAACCCAGCUUUUCAAGUAUUUGAGAGCUGAAUGGUAUUCCAGAAUCUGCUUUGCUUAAUUUUUAGUUUUUGUGUUUGGCAGACUUCUCAAAGGCUUGGAAGUGGUGUUUGACUGUAGUUAGGUUUGGUUUGUACUGGGUAGAUAUGUAUUCUUUUCAACACUGAAUGAGCUGUAAUUACUGGGUGAUUAACUAUCCUUGGUGUUUAUCUUUUGUUACUGUGUGACACUCCUAAUUGGUUCAUGGUCCAGUAUCUGUAGCUAGAUUCACGAAUGGAAACGCAAAGACAUUAUGGUAGUCAGCAUUACAAAACACUCAGCCCUGGAAGCAAGAUUGUCAGCCCUGAAUUAAGUAGCUGCUCUUGCUACUUGUUUAAAAGAAGCCACCAUUGCCUGGAAUGGUAAUCAGUGUGAGCUGGAGAGCUACCAUGUGGGAAAGGCAAGGACAUAACCAUUAGCCCGUCAUUUGAAGGGGUGAAUAGUAUCUGGUUCUGCUUGGGAUUCACAGCCAAAACCUCUGUAGGAACUGGGUCUUGUCAGACUCAAAGUAGGCAUUGCUCCAUGAUAGGUGGUAGCUUCUGCUCCUUUAAUACAGGUAAUUUGACACUGAGAGCAUCUACCUAAGCUGUGUGAGGCUGGUUGUGAGACAUAUCUACCCACUUGCUUAAUUUCACUUAGAUAGCAUUCCACCAUGUGAGCAUGGCUUUCAAACAGGGCCUCUGUCUGGAGCAGAAGUGUCUGAGUUUGGUUUGGUCUUUGCUUGACAAAGCAUUUUAAUCUCGUUGGUAAAUUACUUUGUUUUAAAUGCUGGUGAUGGGACAUGGUCCCAGGGGCUUAAUGCAAGGUCUGAAUGGUUCUCUCUGUAAAAGUUUUGCUUAGAGGCUGUACUGCAUGUGAAUAAUUGCAUGGACACCCCUCCUCUUUUUUAAUUCAUUCCACCUAUAAAUGCUUUACCUUUAUUUCUGUCUCCUCCCCUUAUUCUUCCCUUCACUUUCUUCCCUUCCAUUACUGCUGGUUUCAGUGAUCUUCUGGCUGUCAAUUUAUUAUUUGUAAUGACCUAGGUUUAGGAAGUACUAAUUAGAGUUACACAUUGUUUUGUGAUGUAGGUUACUGAGCACUGACCUUUCUAUAAGGCCAGGGUCUGCUAUGAAGGUUGUAAUUUUGUGAUGUUAGUGCAGUGGCCAAGUUAACAUUUGUUGUGUAGCACCUGAGCAUGUACAAAGAUGGCAACAGGUCCUUCCAUGAAACCCAGUAAUUUGCAAUCUGACCUUAUGCAGAUGAUCUGUCAGCUGAGCAUAAAUGGGAUGUUAUGAACAGUCUUCUGAUGAGUCUUAUGCUUGAGCUAUCAGUGUCUAUCUUGAAGCAUGAAUCUGGUUGCAUUUUACUCUGGCUCUCUACCAGUUUGUAGGGUAUUUUAGCUGGCAGAGUUCUCUCAUGGUGCAAUCAUCUCUGCAAAGAGACCUGAAGCAAAUAAUUGUGUGCAGUCCUCUUCCUUGGACCUUUGAUGUUCUAAUGAAUAAUAUAUCUGCUUGGAUCACGGCUGCUCAUAAUAAAUUAACAGUGUUUAAAUUGGCAGCAUCUGCUGAGAACCCUGACAAAUCCCAUCCCACUGGUCUAACUAUGGAAUGCUGUUCUUGGAUGUUCUCCCUGAAGUACUUGUGCUGUGCGAAGCUGUUGACACCCAUGGAACAAAGGCCUCUGCUUUGCUCUGGUGAUCUCCAUAGGAUGACUUUAGACUUUGCUUCAUAUCGGUUCCUGUGUGCUAGAUUCAUGUAUCUGCUUGGGAAUGACUGUUUAUAGGAAGUCUUGCACUUUGAACUAUGCCAUCCACAUUCCUGUGGAAAGGCCAGCCUUGAUUUGCAGGAGAAAGAAGUGAGGAAAAGCAAGAACUUUACUGGUUGCCCCAAAGCAGAUGCAUGUGGAAGUGGAUGUGUGAGGAUAGACUGGAACACGUCAGCGUCAAGGUAAAGGUAGACUAAACCAGGUAAGUAUCAAAGCAGCUUUGCAGUGCCCAGGCCACAAAUUCAGGCUUAAAAGCUGUAAUGGAAUAAAACUUUCAGACUUAGAUUCUGUCAGUCACUGUUUUGUUCCCCAUAGAUAAUUCAUCCCAGGCUGGAACUACAGUGUCUGAUUAGCAGAGUACAAACCAUAGUUUAUCCUCUAUCACUAGGGAAAUGACCAAAGCAUGAUAAUGGUCACAGCUUUAUCUUGUUUUACCUAGUAAAACCAGAUAGGCUUUUUUCUCCUUUAUUGCCGAAUGUAUAAGAUUGGUGAAAAUAACUAUGUAUUUUAACUUCCAAAAUAAAUAAGGACUGUCCAUCCUUUUCCCCACAUGGUAGUUCUCUGUCCUCUAAUUAAAAGUUAACUAAAAUGUAUUUGCAAGGCAAGUUCUGUUUACAAGAGCACAAAUCAUUACUAAGACUGGCACAAUAUGCAAAAGCACUUUUUCCAAAAUUUUUCGGUUGUAUACCAUCUGCUUGUGCUCUGGAAGUUGCUCUUGUAAAAGUCUUCUCCAAGUCAGCAAAUAGUAUCCCUAAAUUUCUCACCCUCUGACCUGCUAUUAAUGCAUGCCCUUUUAAUUUAAUGCUGUUGCCAGUAUCCGACAAAAUACAGCAUGCUCUAAUAGCAAUAGAAAUGUUUGCUUUUGUAAUAUUCAUGUUGUUGGUAUUGCUUAGUGUGUUCUCUGCUAGUGGUUCACACUGUUUUGAGAGGCAAUACUUGUUGACUUAGAGCCAGUGUUAAAGGAGGCCACGUGGGUUAAAAACUUAUCCCCGUGUUUGGUGGACAGCUAGAAGAUCUGUGAAGUUAAGGAAUGUGUAUGUUGUAAAUGGUUGAAGGAAAAUGAGAACAGAGGACUGAUAGUAAGCGUAACUAAAGCCUAUAUGGAGCACUGAAUUAUGUUAGAAUUAAGUCGAUGUGUUGGUCUAACAUGAGAGGGAUGUGAUGGAAUUGUAAAGUGGUGUUAAAAGAUUGGCAAAUUAAAAGAUGUAUGUGUUAUAUUAUGUAAUUGUAUAAGAGGAAGUCAAUGCAAUAAUUUCCAGUAAUAGGCACUCAAGGGGUUGCUCUUUAGUAAGCAGCUAAAUUUAGCCAUUUUUAAAUUGGUAUGCUCAGAUAAUGAAUUUCAACAGGGCUGUCCAAUGAGCUUCCUGGAGCAUUAAUACUGAUUUUUUUUUUAUAAGCUUUGAAAUGCUGGAGAAAGAGCACAAAAAUGGCUAACUUGCCAACAUUCAAAGAGGGUAAAAGGCAUGACCUGGAUAAUUACAUGUCUGUCAGUUAGACAUCACUUCUGGGCAAAAUAAUAAGGGACCUAAUUAAUAAUGAAUUAAAGAAGUGUUGUAUAAUUAGUGCCAAUCAACAUGAGUUAUAGGAAAGCCAGGCCAUGUCAAGUUAGCAUGAUGUAUUUUUGAUGAAAUUAGAAAAAGUGGUUGAUAAAACUAAAAGCAUUAAUGUAAUAUCCUCUAAUUUCUUUGAAGAUUAGAGUUAGUAGUCCAUAUUUUGAUUCAGAAAGGAAAGUCUUGUGUAAUCAACCAGCAACACUUCACAUAUUUUACAUGUGUUAAAGGGUAGAUAAUUCAUAGGUGUGUAACUGUCAGUGUAAAAUGAGACUCUUUGCUGAAAGGAUGCAUUCUUCUUGGACCUCUCAUGGCAUCCUUUCUCAGUCCUAUGGCACUUAGCUUCAUAGGAGUGUCCAAAAAAUCAUGUAAGAGAGUCUGAUGGUUUGCUGAGGGUUGAAAGAUUGAAGCAUUGCUAAGGGAGAGGAUUCAGCAGUGAUUCUGUUCACUGCCACUUAGACAGCUAACACUGACACAAAGCUGAAUGUAUUUCAAUGGAAUGAAUGGUACAGGAAAAAUGAAAUGCUGUCUGUAUUUAUUUGUAUUGUAUUUCUUUGAAGUGAUAAUUGUAUCAAUCUAAUUUUCAAUUCAUUCUGCGUGAGUAGCAUCCCUCAAACUUCAGGUUACAGGAAAUACUGACCACUGCAUUUGACUGGGGGAGUUUGUUGAUCAUCAAGUGCUAUGAAUUUCCAGUGAAAUUCUGUGUCUUAAAUAACUUUUAUGAACUUUGGAAGAAGAAAUAGAGAUGUGUUCACCAGGCACAUCUUUCUGAAUUUUA